AUGAUAAAAUUUACUACUUUCGUGGUGACUCUAGUUUGUAUGACUGGCCUGAUUGCAUGUGCUUUUGGUGAUUUUCCUGCCCCUGAUGUUGAGGCGAGUGCUUGGAUUCAUGAGGAACAUUUGACCCCAGACUAUCCUCAAGUCGAGCACAUCCAAUCGAUGCGCUCUUCGAAAAACCAAUUGACCAUUCCAGGGAGGACAACUUCAAUGGACCUACAGGAACACAGUGACGCCGAGGGUGAAUUGAAAGCCUUGUUCCAAUGGAAUCGCAAGCCUCCACGUGAGGCUAGCACACCCCCACAGGAUAAGAUACCAGACAGUUGCUUUAUUCUGAACCGAUCCGGCUCGGAUAUAGACUACUUGUUGUUCGAUCCGAACACCCGUUUCUUUCUUUAUUACCCGCGCCUCAAAUCCGGCAAACUCCAGUCGAUCACCCUUCCCGAUCAUGUUGGCCAAGGAACAUUGUCCCUGGCCAUCACUCCUGUUUAA